GCGGUUCCAUCGCAAUACUAUUUUAUCAAUAGUAUUUGUUAUAUUAAACUCCGAAACGUCGGAUAUUGUUUUUUGUUAAUAGUAACUUGUAUUUAUUUAAUUUAAAUGUUUGUGAUUUACGUAAUAAUAUGGUGUUUCAGUGUACUAGGAGCCCAUGGGUAUUCAGACGGUAGAAUCAGGAGGUUUCCGGACGAUUUUCUGUUCGGUGUUUCCACGUCGGCGUACCAAGUUGAAGGUGCAUGGGAUUUAGAUGGUAAAAGUGAAAGCGUCUGGGACAGAUUCCUUCACAAGAAUCCCGAUAUGAUAGCUGAUGGCAGAAACGGCGAUAUAGCCUGCGACUCGUACCACAACUAUAAGAGAGAUGUGGAGAUGCUGAGAGAACUGGGGGUUGAUUACUACAGAUUCUCUAUUUCUUGGCCCAGGAUCAUGCCCGAUGGUUUCUCUAACAAUAUUAACAAAAAAGGCCUCGAAUAUUACGACAAAUUUAUCGACGAGCUACUGAAAUACAACAUAAAGCCAAUGGUAACCAUAUACCACUUCGAUUUGCCACAGAAACUUCAAGAUCUUGGCGGUUGGGCGAACCCACUGUGUGUGCAUUGGUUUGAGGAUUACGCUAAAGUGGUCUUUAAGGCGUUUGCACAUAAGGUUCCUUAUUGGAUAACGAUUAAUCAGCCCAACUUUAUCUGCGUGGACGGAUAUGGAGGGAAGGCCAAUGCUCCUGGAAUUGGGUCAAGUGGUAUUGGUGAUUACAUGUGUAUAAAAAACGUGAUGCUGGCUCAUGCAAAGGCUUAUAGAUUCUAUGAAACGGAAUAUAAGGAUAAAUUUAAUGGUUCAGUGGGUAUAUCUCUGGCAAUGAACUGGGCGGAUCCAGUUAUCAAUAAUACAGAAAAUUAUCAGGCUACCGAAUUAUACAGGGAUUUCACUAUCGGUUUGUACGUGAAUCCAAUAUGGUCGAAACAUGGUGAUUUUCCCAGCACUGUCAAAGAUCGCGUGCUACAAAGAAGUAGAGACCAAGGCUACAUGCAGUCCAGGCUACCUGUUUUAAGUCCGGAGGAGAUUAAACUCUUGAAAGGUUCCGCUGACUUCAUGGGAGUGAAUCACUACACAACAUUUCUGGUGAAGACCACAGAUAAAGUACAUUCGAUCCCAUCCAUAGAGAAUGAUAUUGGAGUCGAGGUGUCAUUCCGACCUGAGUGGAAGAAGUCACAGUCCAGCUGGCUUAGGAGUGCUCCUUACGGCAUUUACAAGCUAUGCCUCUACCUCAACAAAGAAUAUGACUACCCAGCUAUGAUCGUCACAGAACACGGCUGGUCGACCAAGAAGGUGCUGAAAGACGGUUCCCGCGUGAGGAACAUGAGGGAGUUCUUCAAGGCCCUGCUGCUGGCGGUGGAAGACGGGGCCAGGGUGAAGGGUUAUACUGCUUGGAGUCUCAUGGACAAUGUAGAGUGGGGUGCUGGGACCAGCGAGCGUUUCGGUCUCUACGAAGUCGAUUUUGAAUCGAAAGAAAAGACAAGAACUGCCAGGUUGUCAGCACUGGUGUAUAAGAGAAUCAUUGAGCGGAGAUUCGUAGAGGAGGGCUGGAAACCGGAUAAUUUAAACAUAUCUAUUAUUAAGACAUCCAGAGCCCAAAGAAAUAAUAUAGAACUUUAUUUUGUUUUAAUUAUUUGCCUGCUAAAAAAAAUAUUUCCACACCAAUAA